AUGGCCGUCCGCCUCGACGCCUGGCCCGGGCGGUCAGGCAUGGCCCCGUCUGCCGCACCGCCGGUCUUUGUCCCUGCCCUCCUCGCCGCCUGCCCGCCUCCCCGGCUGGCCGCAGAGUAUGCCGCCUCGCUCACCGCGGCGCCCGGCUCGGUCGAUGCAGCCGGUGCUGCGGUAGUGGUCGCCGCUCUGAGAGCCGCAAAGCGCCUCAGCCCGGACAAUGCGGCUGUCAUCGCAGAUGCGCUCGUUGAUCACUGGCUGCCGGUCUGGGCCGCUGCUGUGGCAGAGCUUGCUAUUGUAAGUCUCUUUGGCUUCCUCUACCGCAUGCUCACCGCAUCCGUGGGCGUCUCAAAACCGCACACCAUUCUCGAGCGGCUGGUGCAGAGCGCGCACUCGGCGCUCACCUUUCGUCUGGUGGUCUGGACCUGCGAUCUGGGCAUUGCCGCCGGCGUUGCUGCCGUCGCUUGGUCCCGCCCGCGCGGCUGGCAAACUUGGGCCGCUGCCCCCUCGCCGGGCAUUGUUCGCGCCCAGCAGACCCUCGCCUGGAUCCGCGCCCGGGUCCUCCCGCAUUCGGGCCAUCUUGCGCUCGAGUGGGGCGCCCGCGUUGGCGUUGCCUGCGUCGAGGCACUGAGCGCCGCCCGCGAAAAGGUCUCCCCGCGCUGCACGCCCACCUUUGUCCUUGACGUUGCCCUCGCCGCAGACGCCCUUGCUGCGCAUGUCGAGUUGACGCUGGCCACCUUGGCGGUCGCCUGCGCCAUCCCGCCGGCCCAGCUACCCGACACGCUCCGCGCCGCCGCUGCAGACGUUCUGCUGCAGGUUUCGGUCCGCCGCCACAUCCGCGUUGCCAUGGCUGCUGUCGACAGCCUCCUUGUCUUGCAGGACCUCGCUCUCUCCGACCUCGCCGCGGCCUUGCCAAACUCCUCGAUUCGCAUGCAGCGCGAUGUUGUUGCUGCAAUCCGCAAGGCCAACGUCUACGCUGCCACCCACGCUGCGCGCGAGCUGGGGCGUCCUGCAGUUGCCAAGCUCGGCGCCCACCCGGUCCGCCACCUCUUGCGGCCCGCCGCUCGACAGGCGUCACUGCUGCCAGCGCCGGUAGUCCUGAGCGCGUGGCUAGAGGCAGAGGGCCCACGUGGCAUCGUCGCUCUGCUGGAUGUACCUCCUUCGGCCAUGGCAUCGGAGACUCGCGAGGUCCUCGUCCGCACCACCCUCGCCACCGUUGUUCUCUUUGCUGCUAUUCCGCUCCGCGAGUGGUUUGCUGCUGUUCUCGACGCUGAUCUUGCUGCAACAGCGGACGCCACCGCGCUCCGUGGCAACUCGACUCUGCUACGGUUCGUAGUGCGCGCCGUCUCACUCGCCGCGCACCCGCUCCUGGCAGCGUCAGCGCUCCGUCUGGUCAAGGCAGGCACCUGCGGCGUCGACGACGUGCUCAACGCAAUGGGCACGGCCGUUGCCUCAGCGCCACUCCUGAGACUCCUAGGCGAACUACUGAGCUUGGUCAUUGCCCGAACCAGCCGGCAAGUCGGCGUGGCCUUCUUCUUCCUCCGCGUAGUCUCGCCCACGCUCAUCGAUGUCGAUCCGACGUCGGCCGACAUUCUGGCGCUCUCGCGGAGCCUGCAGAACCUUGCAUCGAGCGCCGAGGCGGAUGCCCGCAUCGACACUGUUGUCGACGCUGCGCUGCAGGCCGCCGAGACUCAGCCUACGAUGGGCCCAGACGAUCGGUGGCGGUUGGAGGAGCUGGUGCGGUGCCGCGAGGCGCUGGACGUAGACUCGGGUCCGGCGCCGACUUGGCUCCUUGAGCGCAUGGCGGCGACGAGUGUGUAGCUGUUGUUUGCUUUACGCAGCGGCGGUGAGGACGUGGGCGAGCGAGGCAAUGAACAUGUCCACAAGAGUG